CCUGUCAAACGAGAAAGAAUAACAAAGUUUGAAAGACUUAAAAUGUCAUUUUAAUGAUCAGUUUGUCACAUUGACCACUCGUUUUCAAGACGAUUCAAUUAGAAAAGUUAUUGUUUCUUAAAAGACGGAAGGAGACAAAUCUUUGUUGUAAUUUUCAGACUUUAGUAUGUCUUAGGUCUGUUGUGAGGGGAAAUUGUUGAAGAUGGGAGAAAAUUCACCCCCUCUUCCAAGAGGGUCUUACAAUUUUAACUUUGAUGACUUUGAUGAAAACACAAAUCCGUUUGAAACUAAAACAAAAGUGGAACAGUUAGACAAUGAUCUCCCAGUCGAUCCAUUUAAACCUAGUAAAUCAUUAAGUCUGUCUCCAACGACAUCAAACAACAAUAUACAUGACACUGUGAAUAAAGAAUUGGAUCUAGUCAAACAUGCAACAGAGCCAGUCAAGACCGGGAACAAGAUCCCUAGGUCACCAGUUCAAUCUCCAAAUAUGUCUGGUGACCAACAAGUUAUGCAAAUACAAGAUUCUUCACCAGCUCAACCUGAAUCAUUAUCACAAACACAAGAAUCUCCCUCUCCUCCAGAGGAAUCACCAAAACCUCAAAGUCAAAAGAAACCAGCAAUAAGGAAAGGAAUAAAGAAGCCAAAGUUAAGUAAGUCAAAAUUGAAACCUGCACCAAACUUUGGAGCACAGAGUGAUGAAAUUGAAAUCUUUGCUCCCCCACCAGUAGAAACUGAAUAG